GUGAGUUCGCUGUGUCGGCUGUCUCUCAGCGGCUUGCUGCAGCACGUGGAUGAAUGCGGGCGCGCGCGGCUCUGAUGGACCGGGCGCGCGAGCGCUGAGCUCUCUCUGCCUGUCAUUACUCCGAUUCACAAGCGCGUGAACACCGCUGUGCCCAGUGUGUGCAUCUCCGCUCGGACUUGGAAGUAGUCUCUUAUUAUUCUCCGCUCACCAUGGAUGCUACAUUUUAUCAGAUUAUUUUCGGGGAACUCGCGGACUUGAACUGUAGUUUGAUGGAUGCUUUCCAGGACACUUUUUUGGAAAACGCAUCUCUUUCAUUGCUCACCACUGAUGGUUUUUAUUGCAAUGCCACAACGGAUGAGAUUGGAACCUGCUGGCCGCGGAGCAGCACCGGGAGGAUUGUGGAAAGACCCUGCCCGGAGUACAUUAACGGGGUGAAGUACAACACAACCAGGAGUGCUUACAGAGAAUGCAUGGAUAAUGGGACGUGGGCGUUGAAGAGCAAUUACUCCAAUUGUGAGCCCAUUUUGGAGGAGAAGAGAAAAUAUCCGAUGCAUUAUAAAAUAGCACUCAUCAUCAACUACUUAGGCCACUGUAUCUCUGUGGGAGCUCUAGUCGUGGCCUUCAUUCUCUUCUUGUGCUUAAGGAGCAUACGAUGUCUCCGAAACAUCAUCCACUGGAACCUAAUCACCACCUUCAUCCUGAGGAAUGUGAUGUGGUUUCUGCUUCAGCUUAUUGACCACAAUAUCCAUGAGAGCAACGAGCCCUGGUGCCGAUUAAUCACAACAAUAUACAACUACUUUGUAGUGACGAACUUCUUCUGGAUGUUUGUUGAAGGAUGUUACCUCCACACGGCGAUCGUAAUGACUUACUCCACUGAUAAGCUCAGAAAGUGGGUCUUCCUUUUCAUCGGCUGGUGUAUCCCGUUUCCGAUAAUAGUAGCCUGGGCCAUAGGGAAGUUGUAUUAUGAAAAUGAACAAUGUUGGUUUGGAAAAGAACCUGGAAAAUAUAUGGACUACAUUUACCAGGGACCUGUUAUUCUUGUGCUACUGAUUAACUUUGUUUUUCUCUUCAACAUCGUCAGAAUUCUUAUGACCAAACUCAGAGCUUCAACCACAUCGGAAACAAUACAGUACAGGAAAGCUGUGAAAGCAACAUUGGUCCUCUUACCCCUGCUGGGCAUCACCUACAUGCUGUUCUUUGUGAAUCCGGGGGAAGACGACAUCUCACAAAUAGUCUUCAUCUAUUUUAACUCAUUUUUGCAGUCUUUUCAGGGCUUCUUUGUGUCAGUGUUUUACUGCUUCCUAAAUGGAGAGGUACGCUCGGCAGUGAGGAAACGAUGGCACCGCUGGCAAGACAACCACGCCCUGCGAGUGCGAGUGGCCCGAGCCAUGUCCAUCCCCACAUCUCCAACCAGGAUCAGCUUCCACAGCAUCAAACAGACCACGGCUGUGUGACCAGAGGAAGAGCGCGUCAUCUCCUGCAAGACAUCCAACAGAACAGACUUGAUGUUCUGUAGAAACACCUACAGAACAUACUCAUUCCUCUUAAAAGACCAAGUUAUGUCUGAUAUGAGCAAAGAGGGACAUUUCUGUUGUUUGUGGGAAAAAAAAUAGCAUAGGAAGGUACUGCACAUGAAGUGUAACUGGAGGAAAAAAAGGUCGCAGGAGGUUGUAUCUCCUCAAACAUACGGUACAUGAGGUGUAAGGUUUGAGUUUUCCUGAAGAUUAGAGUGUCUGACAUAGAUAUGACUUCAUCAUCAAACUGUCAGAGUGAGUCUUAUCGUCUGAUCUCUCGGUGUGUUGUCAUUGCUGCUGUCAUCUUUCAGCCUGCUGGUUUUUUAUGGAGUAAGAUUAUUCUACAAGAUUUGCUGCAGGAUACUUUUAACAGCUCACGCAACUUCAAGCAUCUGCUUCAUUCUCGCGUAGUGGGUGGGCUACGAGGAAUUACUUGCAGUGUAAUUAGAAGCGUCAACCAAGAUGCACUCAAAAUGUUGCCCC